UCAUGCUGCUCUAGCAUAGUUCAGGUAUAUUUUAUGAACAAGAAAAGAAAGCAUUGAGCAACUUUUCUACCUUCCUAAACUCAUUUUACCUCCCACCACCAUCAGUUCAGAAGUCUUGCAGCAGCCCAUAGAAAAUAACAUUUUAAAAUCACCUAAUCUUGAUGGAUUUCCCCCUUCCCUGCCAUGUGCUGUAAUGAAACAUCAAGAACUGUGAUGUGCAAAACUUUUUCCAUGCAGUCUAUGAUGAAAAGGCAUGAAAAAUCCUUUGGCCAAAUAAUGCUAAAAAUAAUUUUUUGUGAAAUUUUUUCCCUUCCUAGUAAUUCGUAUACAAUUAAAUUGCAUUCUUCAGGAAAGGUAGAAACAUUUUUCCUGUGUUUCCUCUCAGCAUUAAUCUCCUUAUCCAUGAGUUAUCCUACAUUAGCAUUUAACAGUGUGAGUAAUCUUUAGGCUGUGACUUAUUCUCAGUAAUCCUUUGAUAACUUGGGGCUAGCUCAGGGACAGCUCUCCCCUCUUUCCCCCUCCUCCCCCUCCCCGCCCAAGCCCACUAAAACCCUCUGGCUUUCUUAUUUUCCUCCAGCACUGUGUGGCUUCAUGCACCUGAAACCACAAUGCUUUGGAAGUAGGAGUAUACUAGUAGGCCCUAAUGGGACUGAUACUCACCAGCUAAAAAGCAUUAGAGCUGCUUUGGGCGUAACUAUUUCACAUUUUGGUCUGAAUGCAUCUGUGGGUAUCUUUAGGAAUUUUUCAAAAAUAGUGAACUCACGCCAGUAGGUGCAUCUUAAAAUCCUUUUUAAGUAAAUUAAGAAACAUGGAAGCAAAAGCUAUAGGAAAUAUGAUUUCCAAUCACUAUUUGCCACAGCCAAAUCCACCAGUCACAACCACAUGGAAUGAGUUUAUUUUGUGCCGGGAUCUAGCUUGGGGCACAGUCCUUCAGCUGUUGAAGUCAGUGGCCAAAUUCCCUGGAAUUUUAGUAACAAUAGGACCGGCUUCCUUGUCAUAUCUUCUUUAGAGGCAUAAAAAAAUGUAUAGUGCUUUCUUCAUUAAUAAAAAUGUAAAAGGAUGUUUAUUUACAAUUUUGUGAGGCAUUGCCCAUCUCCACAUACAUGUUGACUUUGUGUAAGUUGAAGAUCUUCCAUGUGCUUUUCAUGACCCUGAAUGUUCUCUUACUGGACUUAUAUGAAAUUGCUCUUGUCUUUUCCCCUUCACAGUAUCCUCUCUCAUUUGCCAGUGUCUUGCCCACAGUUAAUGAUGGCUGAAUAGAGUUUUCUUUGGAUCCAUUCAGUGGAUGGAAGAUGGCUACUUUCCCUGAAUCAGUGUUUCUCACUUGGCAAUUCCUUAGGCUUAACCCACAUUUCAGCUUUUGUACCAGUUUUGCAUGUUUCCGAUUAAGACCAUGACUUUUUUUCCCCCCAUCUCCCCCCCCCCUUUUUUUGUAUAAACGUUUUUGUAAACACAAUUCUGAUGAUAGAAAAGUAUCUGAUAUGGGCAUAAAUAAUUUGUCUUCCCAUCCAAAAUAUAUUAUGCCUAUAAAAGACACCUUUAUAUUAAUAAAAAUAUGCCCACGAUUAGGGUUUGUCAAUUUGACUAUACCAACAAAAUUUAAAAGCAGUAUGUGAACACAAUUCUAUUGUGAAUUGGGCCAGUUAAGCAAAGAAAGGGUGGCAUAUAUAUAUAGUAAAGCAGUUGACUGAAUAGUUUGGUAAGUAUUUCUCAAUGAUACUAAGAAAGUAAUGAAUUCAACCUGUAGAAGAAGUGUGAACGUUUGGUGUUUCUCUGCUUCAAGUUUUUGAUUCCAUGCAUCUUUUAUCAAAAAUUGCAUGAAGUAUUUCUGGGGAUGAGUUUUUUUAUAAGUGUUUAAAUCAUGCAUUCUGCACUUGAGUCUUUCAUUUUUUUUCCCGCUACAGAUUUUAGUGGCAAUGUGACAAAGCUCAAGAACAUAAGAACUGAGGAACUCCCGAGGGAAAGGAAUUUUUAAACUGUUUGGUCUCUUUUGAUUUUUAUUUACAACAGUUUGGAUGAUGAGUCAUAUACCUUUCAGUCAAGUAUUGGUGGCUUCAUCGUUUCUGAAGUUGAAGUUUCAGAUAGGCAAAGCUGAUCAAACAACUUGCUGACAAAAGAAACGUCAGAAUCAUGGAGGGGCUCUUGCAUUACAUAAAUCCAGCGCAUGCCAUUUCACUUCUAAGCUCACUGAAUGAGGAGCGUCUAAAGGGACAGCUAUGUGAUGUUGUUCUUAUAGUAGGAGAUCAGAAAUUUCGAGCUCAUAAAAAUGUUCUGGCUGCCAGCAGUGAAUACUUCCAGACACUGUUCACAAAUAAGGAGAAUGAGUCUCAGUCAGUGUUUCAGCUUGACUUUUGUGAACCAGAUGCUUUCGAUAAUGUGUUAAACUACAUUUACUCUUCAUCCUUGUUCAUUGAGAAAGGCAGUCUUGCAGCUGUGCAAGAACUGGGCUACAGUCUUGGAAUAUCCUUUCUUACAAACAUUGUUUCUAAGAGUCCUCAAGCUCCUUUUCCGGCAUGCCCCAUUAAGAAAAUACUGUAUCAGGACGAAGAUGAAAGUAGCUCUCAGAAGAGAAGUGUCAUUGUCUGUCAGAACAGAAAUGAAGCACAAGGGAAAAGUGUAAAUUCAACACAACAUGAUUUAAGCCAUACUUCUAAACCUUCAUCCUCUGUUGCUGUCAAAACUAACAGUAGACCACAAGUAACAAAACCAACUGAAUCACUUCACAGCUUAACACUGACUGAAAGGAGAUGGCUGAAAGAAACUCCUGUGAGCUAUACCAAGCUUCAUGAAACUUCUGGAACUGUGGAGGAUCAGAGCAGAGGUGGUUUAGUGAAAAGGAAUACAGUAUUGCCUCAAAAGCCUUUAGCAGAGAAGGAAGUUGCAAGCGAUGAACCAGGAGGCAGUGGUCAGCUUUUAAGAGGAAAAGCCACAGAGAUGUCAUUAAAAAGAUCACGUCCACCAGUGUUGUCUUUGCGGGGCUCAUCAGAAUCUACGUUUUUGUUACAAGAGUCAGGGAAAGGAAAUGGUCAAGGAGAAGACAGGAACUUGCUAUACUACUCAAAGCUGGGACUAGUAAUCCCAUCGAGUGGAUCUGGUCCAGAAAACCAAAGUAUUGACAGAAGUGGGCCACUUGUAAAAAGUCUCCUUCGAAGAUCAUUGUCCAUGGACAGUCAGGUUCCUAUUUAUUCACCUUCUGUUGACCUAAAACCUUCACAGGUAUCAUCAUCCUCCUCACCAGCGACUAACGAUUCCCAGGGGAAGACAUUUAAUGUUGUACCUCAGAAGACAUCCUUGAAAGAGUCAUCAGAAAAAUUAGUCUUAGAUGAGAAACCACAGGUAAUACAUCCACAUCGCCUUAGAUCGUUCAGUGCCUCUCAGUCAACUGAUAGGGAGGUUGCUUCCCCUCUCACAGAGGUGCGAAUAAAAACUGAACCUAGCAGUCCACUCUCAGAUCCUUCUGAAAUAAUAAGAGUUACAGUGGGAGAUGCUUCAACAUCUACAGAUAAAGACUUUGCUUUUAAAACUGAGGAUGAUCAUAGGGAACCAAGUAGACUUCCAGCCAAAAGGAGAUUUCAAGCUGAUAGAAGACUACCAUUUAAAAAACUGAAGGUGAAUGAGCAGGGCUCUCCUGGGUCAGAAGAUAACUUUGAGGAAGGCCCUACGCACCUUGAUGCUGAUUUUCCUGAUUCUGAUGUUAGUAAAGAUGAAUACAGUGAGAUGGAAGAAGCAAGACCAAACAAAAAAUUUAAAUGCAAGCACUGCCUUAAGAUUUUUAGAUCAACAGCAGGUCUUCACCGUCACGUUAACAUGUAUCAUAAUCCAGAGAAGCCCUAUGCUUGUGAUAUAUGCCACAAGAGAUUUCACACGAACUUCAAAGUGUGGACACACUGCCAGACGCAACAUGGAAUUGUGAAGAAUCCCUCACCAGCUUCCAGUUCACAUGCUGUUUUGGAUGAAAAAUUCCAAAGAAAACUCAUUGAUAUAGUGAGAGAGAGAGAAAUAAAAAAAGCUCUGAUAGUUAAACUAAGACGUGGCAAGCAAGGUUUUCAGGGACAGUCUGCUUCACAAGCACAACAAGUCAUCAAAAGGAAUUUGCGAUCAAGAACCAAAGGAUCCUAUAUUUGUACCUACUGUGGGAAAACUUACCGUUUCCUCUCUCAAUUUAAACAGCACAUAAAAAUGCAUCCAGGGGAAAAACCAAUUGGAGUAAAUAAGGUUCCUAAGCAGAAAGAUCAUAUUCAUAUUGAAAGUCCAGUAGAAAACAAAGAGAUUUAUCAGUGCCGUCUCUGUAGUGCUAAGCUCUCUUCACUUAUUGAACAAGGAAAUCAUGAGAGACUCUGUAGAAAUGCUACUGUCUGUCCUUACUGCAGCCUUAGAUUUUCCUCUCCAGAGCUGAAGCAUGAGCAUGAAAGCAAGUGUGAAUAUAAGAAGCUUACUUGUCUUGAGUGUAUGCGCACCUUUAAAUCAUCCUUUAGUAUUUGGCGUCAUCAAGUUGAAGUUCACAAUCAAAACACAAUGGCUCCAACAGAGAACUUUUCUUUACCUAUACUGGAUCACAAUGGAGAAAUAACUAGUUCAUCAAGAUUGCCUCCUCAGUCAGAAACCAAUAAAAUAAACAAUUUUGUUACUGCAAAGGAAGAUGGCGUAUUCAGCGAUUCAUCAGAACAAAUUAAUUUUGAUUCUGAAGAUUCCUCAUGCCUACCUGAGGACUUAAGUGUUUCCAAGCAGUUUAAAAUUCAAAUCAAAGAAGAGCCUGCAGAUGAUAUAGAGGAUGAGGUCACUGAAGCCAGCAGAGAACCUAAAGAAGUAGUCUCGAACAAAGAUGCUGGUUUGUGGCCCUGUGAAAAGUGUGGGAAAAUUUUUACUGUACACAAGCAACUGGAGCGUCACCAAGAGCUCUUAUGCUCUGUGAAGCCAUUUAUUUGUCACGUGUGCAACAAGGCCUUCCGAACCAAUUUCCGGCUGUGGAGUCACUUCCAGUCUCACAUGUCACAGGCUGCAGAGGAGUCCACAAAUAAGGAAACCGAGAUGUGUCCACCAGCUAAUUCCCCAUCACCACCACCUUUGCCUCCACCCCCGCCUUUACCCAAAAUCCAGCCCUUGGAGCCUGAUAGUCCAACAGGCUUGUCCGAAAGCUCCACUACUACUGAAAAAUUAUUUGUCCCACAGGAGUCGGAUACGCUCUUUUAUCACGCUCCACCACUCUCAGCAAUCACAUUCAAAAGACAAUACAUGUGUAAACUCUGUCACAGGACUUUCAAGACAGCAUUUAGUCUUUGGAGCCAUGAACAGACACACAAUUAGAUAGCUUUAACAGGUUAAAAAACUGGUUCAGUGGAGGCUGUUUUCAGGAUCUCAGAUGUAUGCCAUAUAAACUAGAAAUCUAAGAGGAUCAAAGCAACAGCAAUGGAAAAAACAGGAAUUUAUGAUGCUGCUUGGAUUUGAAGAUUAAGGUAACUAACUGUUAGUAGAUAGAAGCCUGAGUAAUUUAAAAUACUGUGGUCUGGGAUCUAAUAGUAACAGAAGAAUUUUAAUUUCGUUAACACUGAAAUAUGAUCACAUCUGGAUUGUAUGCAUGGAUCUUCAUCCUGUGAUGUUGGUGUGUGCGUGUGUGUAUUAUAUAUAAAACUAUAUAUUAAACGAAAGAGCAACAACAAUUUGGAUUCUAACUGUGAGUUUAUAGUAGUGAAAUACUGUAACCAACUUUUUUUUUUCUUUUAAGACCACACAAGCUCCAUAUAAAUAGUUGUUGAGCACUUGAAGUAGGGAAGAAGUGGAUGGAGUAUCUCGCUGUAUUGACUUAGGUCUUGGAAAUCUUUAGCAAUAACAAAUAAACCUCAAGUUUGAGCAAUUCUGAUGUUAUUGGAUAUGAAUGUUUGACAUUUUAAGGGAACGUGGAAUUUUUUUUGUUGUUAUAUGGAACUUGUGCAAACUAGAAUCUAAGGUCAGCAAUAUUGUUAUUAAGAUUUUAUAUUAAAAGUAGCAGCAAGCCUGCUUUCAGCCAUUUAAUUAUAAGUUUCUACGAAAAAAUUGGGGGAGGGAGGGUACAUUGCUUUAUAUAAUGUCCCAAAGACUAAUUUACUAUAGAUAUUUCGGUAGCUACUGUCAUUGUAUAAACAGCCAUCAUAAUUCAAAUGGUACUCUUUAUAAAUAUGAACUAAGAUUGAAUGGAUGUCAGACAAAUUUCAUAAUUUUUUCUGCUAUUUGUACAACUGUUUGUAAUUCUAACUACAAAGGAAUGUAUAACUAUUAAAUUGAAAAAUGAGAGCUUGUUAAGGGAUAGAAGAUAUAAGCUGUGUUCCUACACAUAGUAAUAAGCUUGGCCACGAGUACAAAGAUAUGUUUUAACAGAAAUUAAAAAUGUAAAUAUUUAUAUAGACACCUGUAUAAAUGAAGAAGUAUGUAUUUGAAAUUUGUAUUAAGCAUACAUAUCCAGCUCAAAGCAGAGGAAAAAACACCACACUACAAUCACUGCAUUUUAUGAAUACGAUGCAUAGAAUAUUUUUCUGCUGCUUUCUAUCAUUUGUGAUACUGUGUUGCAGUUUUCUAAUUUGUCGAAAAUCGUGGUAAUAAUGGGCUGCAGAUAUUUUGUGUGGCUCCAUGAUUUUACCUCAAAUCACAACUGGAGCAUUUAAUGUGACUAGGAUCAUAGGUAAUUAUCAGAAGCUAUGGUAAGGGUCCAAAGUUAUUCUGUAAGCAGAAGAAAUAUUUCCCCAGAAGUAGGUGGUAGACUAACAGUGAAACAUUCUUCUGCUAGAAUUUAACCUUAAUGGAGUGGUGAUGGAUAAGAAUGAACAGCAGGAAUGUAAGUGAUGCAAACAGUAUUUAUGAUCCUGACCAACUUUGACUGGGGGAGGGAGAUGGAAAGGAUUGCAUUCCACACUACCUAGUCAGAACCGAGUCUGCUCAUGGGAAGCAACAGGAGUUGGGUCACUGAUUACAGUGGAAGCAAGAGUGAGGCUUUAAUUCUGUAUGGCUCUAAUCACGCAUUCCUUCACCAUCCAGAACUCCUAGAGAAGUAAAAAGAAAUGCAAACUCAUACAAAGAUUUAGCAAAAUUAAGCACAAGCAGAAUCUGAGAAAGGGUAUUCUUAGCCAUACAUAGGAGUAGCUUUUCUCUGUCAAAGCCCCAACCAUUUUCUUUCUAAGCAGAUUUCCCCCGCCCCACUCCUGGAAGUUAAGUUUAAAAGAAAUGGCUCAGUAUAGACCCCAGACUUUUUUCAGCUGCCAGAAAUUUGCAAUGUUAGUUUCAAGUCUUUUCUGUUUCAUUGUUGAUGAAAAUCUACAACUGUUACUAAACACUUUCUAAUAGUAAUGUGUUUUGUCCUAUUCUAGGCAAAUUGUAUCUGAAUAUAAUUACGCUAGUUGUUAGAAUAUCAGUUAAACUGUGCAAGUGAAACUGCAGUUCAAGCAAGAUUCCUAUGUACCUGUUUAAAAGUUUAGGUGUUGACUUUUUUAUUCCACCCCAUAAGACUAAAUUUCCUACUGACAAGAAAUAAUUUCAACAUAAAAUGAUCAUUGCACUCAACCUGGUUUAACAAAAUCAGAAAGACAUAAACCAUGCUAAAUAUCCUUUCAACAUAUUUAAGAAAAGAAAUUGGGCAUACAAAAUGUGAAAACAUGUUUUUGUAAAAUGGUGCCUAAGUUUUCACCAGUGAUUCCUAUAUGCAAUAGGAAUUCAGAAGUUUUUAUCUAGCCUUUUAAAAAUUAGUAUGCCUUCUAAAAGAAAAUAGCAACUAUUUCAACUAUCGUAUGAUCAUCUAACUUCCAACUGGGAUUCUACUAUACAAUAUGAUAAAUACCAGGCAUUUAAAAUCAAAAGCUUGUGCAACAUCUUUGAAGAAACUUUGACCUUUUUCUUAGUAUAAGAUGUAUUAUAAAAAAAAAAAUCCAUAAAAUAUUUUUGGUCUAAAUAGCCUCCUUCUAAGUUUUUAUUUAGAUUUGCUUUUUAAGUAUUGUUUUUAACUUUGAGCGUGUUCUGUGUUUUUUAAAUUCAGUUCCUGUUGUCCAGAAAAGGAAUUCAGGAUCUCUAAAGUUUAAAUAUGAGAUGUAUAUAUAGCAGUUCUGGUUUUCUAUUAGCUUUUAUACAGUAUCUUAAAAAGCCCUUGAUAGAAGUGUUUAUUUUGGAGGAUAUGGAAUAAAUAUGCUUCCACAUAUGACUUUAAUAUAUGUUUAAAAUGUUAAAUUAUGGGGGAAAAUGUUAGUUGCUUGUUUAUAAAUAAAGGUCUUUUAAAGAGUGUCUAGUUUGGCCACAGGCAGAAUAAAAGGCAAAUCUAUAGAUACAAAAACCCAUCUUCAUAAUAUUUUGUUUAAUUUUGCAACUAUGUACUGAAGUGACACAAAGUUAGAGAUCUUGUUAAGUAUAAAAGGUUGGUUUUAUUUCUUAAAAUUCGUGAAGGAAUGUGCAGAUGAUUUAAUAUAUAGAUUAGAAUCUUUAAAUCUUUCAUUUUUGAUUAGUUUUAUAAUCUGUCAGUUGAAUCUCAGAACAAUCCUGCUUUAGUGGAAGUACAGUGAAAACUUUCAUCACAUUGAAGAGCAGCAGGAUUGAGCCAGGAAAUGUUUUGGGGUUUUUUUUUUCCCCCCCAGCCCACUUCAGGCACAGCAUUGGCAAAGUGUAUAAGCAUAUGCUUAAGUUCCACUGAGAUCAGUCUUAAUACCCUUUUUUUUUAUUUAAACAUUUGCUUAAGUUCUUUGCUGAAUUGGGACCAUGAUCAACCAUUGCAAGUGAGCAAUAGCAGGAAAAUACAUGUGGAUUUUUUUUUUUUAGUUGUAGAACCAAAAAUUAAAAUCAAUCUUCCUCUAUAUAAAAACUGCAUAUACAGCUAGCGUGUAAUUCUGCAGUUUUACAAAAACAAAGGAUGUGAACCAGUACUAAUACAGUCUGUACUUCUUAUAUCUUUUUUUUUCUUAAUUUGUAAGGGGGUAUAAAACACCCUGACAGUUAAUUGAGCAGGUAAUCUGCUGAAGCAGUGGGUGAUACUAGAGUCUGUCUUGUGUAUUUCAGAAUGAAGAUACAGCCUUAUCGAAUGAACCAAAACACACAGCUGUAAGAGACCUGUUCCUGCAUUUCCUAUUUAGGCAAGCCUUUUAGUGACAGCCAGGAGACAUUUUGGUUGUGUUUUGUUUGUUUGUUUCCCCCCCCAAGUAGGGCAUGCAGGUUUGGUCUGAAGCUACGUGUACUCUGUUUUUAUUCCAAGCUUCCGGUGACAAAAGUGGAAGUUUCUCAUAUGGGAUAAGGACAGACUAUGCCUAACUUCUCAGCACUGACAGUGAUGGUGCAAAUAUUUGGCAUGAGCCUGUAAUCUGGCGUGUGCCUAUACUGUUCAAUAAAAUUGUUUACAUUUUCCUACCAGAAGAUUUAGAUGAAAAUCAAAGCAAGCUUAGAUUUUUUUUAUGUUGCUGUUAAUGAAUCAGUGUUAAAAUCCUUUUUCUUUUUUCUCCGAACACAGCCUAAUAGUAUUUUUUUAAUGUCAUUGAUUCUUGUUUAUUUAAAAUGACUUGUGAAAAACUGUACUAUAACUGUUGUACAUAAAGGGACACUAUCAAGAGAAGAGUUAUAUACUGUAAAUGUACUUAUCUGUAUUAACAAUACUUGAUACUAAUAAAAAUCAAAGAACUUAAAAACAUGAAUUGACUCAUCAUACUUGAGCUGCUUGGGCAUAAAAAUACCGUAUGAAGAGCAUCCUCAGUUGUUGGAAGGAUGUCUGAAAAAUUUGUCUGAAUUCUGUGGGUUGAACUUAUUUGUCAUGUUGCUUUUUCCUCUAACUAUUCCAGAAUAAAGGACUUAAUCCAUUUUUCUUUUUUGAUUUUCUCAGUGAUACUUUUUAAAGACACAAGGAUUGUCUCUAGCUUCCCACUUUUGCAGCAGCAUGUUUAAUUAAAAUAUGUAUGUAAAAACAAAAAGAACACAUACCAAAUACAAAUUUUAAGGCUUAUUCUUGACAGUGUCCCUUUCUGAAAAGCAGGAAAAUGGGAUCACUUACAGUGCUUGGGUACAGGGGAAUGCUUUCUUAAAGAUUCUAGAAGCUGGAUUUGUCCAAUAUAUUUGCUACAGAAAUUCCCAAUUAGUUAUACAAAAUCACUUGUCAUUUUAAAGAGUUAUAGAGGUAAGACAAAAGAAACUGGUUUUAUAAUCCUGUAUACCUUGUAGUCAUUGUAUAUCGGUUCAAUACACCAGUGUUGAAUUUUAAUUAAGAAUAGGUUUUUACUUUUUUUUUAGGAUUGAGAAUUAAUAGCUUAGGAUAACUUUUUUCUUUAAUGUAAUGUAAAUCCAUUGCUGCUUUGUACAACUUUUUCUACUGUGUGUUUUCUUUACUUAGAUCUUGACUAAGAAAUGUUGGUGUCCAAUAAACUUACACUUUGUUUCUUUUGAA